AUGGAUUCUGCAGCAGAUUGUUUCAAAAAAGUAGUUCAUAAUGAUGCGAAUGAGAAUUCUGGUAGUGACGAUAGGGACAGUGAGUGUAGUGACAGUGAGAAAAUAGGCUUCAGUCCAAAAAAGGGAGGUAGUGAGGAGGAUGACACCAGUGACAAAGAAGAAGCAGCUGUUAUGCAGAUGCUUAAAGAAGAGGAAUAUAGAGAAAAAGAAGCCAAAGACCUAGAUUACAGUAAUGUUCAUAGAAUCUCGACCACUGUGGGGAGGACACGGCAGACAUCACAAACUAAAGGCGAUGAUUUCAGUGUUCUCCAGCACAAAUGUGAUUCCCGAAGACCUGAAGUAAGAAAACAUUGUGAAUUUCUGGAGAACUUGAGGCUACACAUUUGGACAUUCCUAUCCAGAGCUCAGUAUGUCAGUCUGUUAAAAGACUUCGUUGAGUCUGAGUUCUUUGUGAUAGAUGGGGACUCCUUACUACUUAUGUUUUUAGACAAGGAAACACAAUAUCUAGAGUUUUUCUACCAAAUUGAAUACUUCCUGAAGGAUUUCACUGAAAAAGGAGCAAAAUACAUCAUUGCUUUCUUCAAGGAUGCAGAACAGAUGUACUUUCCAUAUCCUCAUUUUCUUUUUUUACGUACUGCAUUAAUAGAACACCUGAGGCAUAACACAGGCACCACUGUUCAUACUGAAUUUUCCAAUUGUUUAUCAUCCGAUUGGGAGAUUUUCCUGAAGAAAAGCUAUCCUUACUUCAUCAUCAUAUCUGACAUGGGACUGACCACUCUCCAAACAGACUAUUUCUCUGUUUUAAUUGCUCAUUCAUUGUCAAAGAAAAUCAGUGUUGUGCUUGCUUCAGGACAGGAAUAUGAUAUUCUUAGAGUUUAUGGAUACCAUGUUCAGAGUGUGUACCAGCACAGGUCAUUUUUUCAAAAGUAUAAACAAGAGCUGCGAUGUGCCUGUGAAAACCUAGUCAGGUGCAAAGAACCAUUCAUGUACCUAUAUGGACAUCUCAAGCUGAGCCUGGCAAGCAUACAAAAAGAGGUUCACCAGACUGUCUGUCUGUUGAAACAACUGUGGCCUGAAGGAUCUGACAUUCGGCGUGUUGUCUGUGUUCUUGCUUGUGCUGUGGGAUUAAAAAUAUACAGCAACAUGUUAGAAAAUGCAAAUACUUCUGUGGGAGCAAAGAAAAAGCAGUCGGCAAAGGGAAGAAGUAAACCCCUGUCUCCAGAAGAAGCAGCUGACCUCUGUAGAAUGCAAUGUCUUACAGUGACUUUUCUUCUGCAUAUGCCUCUUUCGCAGAGAGCUCGGAUUAGGAUCAUUAAAUCGUGCUGGAGUAAGCAGGUUUUACCAUUAAUAAAAAUGCAACAGUUGUGUAUGCAUUUUGCUCUGAAACGGCUAAGUGAUACAAAUGAUUGGAAACUGGAUUUAACUUACCUCCCUGACUUAAAUGAUGAUUCACUGCACAUAAAUCUUGCACAUUACUAUGAGGUUGAAUGCACUGAAGGUAUUUAUCUUUGUUGAAUAAGUUCAAUAGGGAAAGAAAUGGAGAGUGAAUACCAAUUUUUAUGGGGCACUGUAACAAAGUUGGCUGUGGAAUACAGUAUUGGAGAUGCCUUCCCCAUACGACAGACCACCCAACUAUUUCUUGAACGGGAACAGACGUUAUUUAGAGCCUGUAAAGAAGAAAUUCCUAACAUUGGACUAAUCUCAGUGAAAUCUGAUCUUGUUGAAGAUUAUGCUGGAGAUGUUUUGAAAGAUCUGCCUAUUUUAGAAAGCAAUGAUCCUACAGUUACUUCACUUGUUAAAUAUAAGAAAUUUGAUGAGCUUCGUCACUGGCAUUCUGGCAGACCUUUGACUGAGGACUAUGAGCGAGUAUGGUGCAAUGCUGAUGCAACAUCCAAAGAUCCAGAAGAAAGAAGACAGAUACAAAAGUUACAGACUUUCCGUCAUUUUUAUGGAAGCACUUUGGAAGACAGCACUUCAAAACUUAUCGUACAUCAAGAGGCUGUGUCAAGGAAUGCUAAUGCUGCUGUCAAAAAGACACAAAAAAAGCAUAAAAGUAAAGCGGAAAUAAUUGCAGAGGAAAACAACAGGCGGCUGAAAACUAAAGAAGAAAGUAAAGAACAGGAGCAAUGGAGAGCCUUGAGUAUACCAACUGAAAAGGAAAUAAAAGCUAAUCUGACUGUUGGAAUAAAUAAAUUGGAGACAUUUCUCAAGACCCUUAAAAGUAGAACUGUGAAGUUCAGCGUAGAAAUGACAGGACUGUCUGCCUGUUUAGAAGUGUGGAAGGAACACUGCAGAGAGCAAGGUAGCAAAUCUAGAGAUUUAAGCAAAGCAGUUCAAGUCAUGAGGAGAAUUCACAUCCUUCUUGAAAAGUAUCAAGAUCUCUUGGAGAAAACACAUCAACAGAAGCUGACCAAAUAUCUAAGACUUCUUGGAUUUGAGAAUUUGGCAUGCUCACUAUCUGGCCAGACAAGAGAAAGUAAUGAUCAGAAUACAAGCAACUAUGCUGUUGAAGUGGGUCCGGCUCGCUUUCAGCUACAAUACAUGGAUUAUUACUUGCUCAGAGAAGAGAGGAAUGAUCCAGAUCCCCGAGUGGAACAUUUCAUACCAGACACAUGGCAGCGAGAACUUCUUGAUGCUGUAGACAAUAAUGAGUCCGCAGUGAUUGUCGCGCCCACUUCAUCAGGAAAAACAUAUGCAUCAUACUAUUGCAUGGAAAAAGUUCUGAAAACAAGCAAUGAAGGAGUAGUUGUGUAUGUUGCUCCUACAAAGGCCCUUGUAAACCAAGUGGUGGGAACUAUAUACAGUCGAUUCACUAAGAAACUUCCAGAUGGAUUGGUAGUGUGUGGAGUCUUCACAAGAGAUUAUCGUAAUGAUGCCAUGAAUUCUCAGAUACUAGUGACUGUGCCUCAGUGUUUAGAAAUCUUGAUGCUGUCUCCUCGUUGCCAGAAAUGGGCUAAACGGAUACAAUAUGUUAUAUUUGAUGAGGUCCAUUGUCUUGGCGGUGAAAUUGGAGCAGAGGUUUGGGAGCAUCUUUUGGUAACAAUUCGAUGUCCGUUUUUGGCACUCUCUGCUACUGUCAGUAACCCUGAACACCUAACUGAGUGGUUACAGUCUGUGAAAAGGUAUUGGCAACGUGCUGAGAAGAAAAUAGAAGGAAGCUCUACAAACUCUGAAAAGAGCUUUACAGGAAAAUGUAAAGUGAAAUCUAAAGUACAAGAACAAAAAAAAUCAUACCGUGUUAGACUAGUCUUAUAUGAAGAAAGAUACAAUGAUUUGGAGAAGUACGUGUGUUCUCUAAAGCGUGGUGAUUUUAUCAUUGAACAUUGUCAUCCAUGUGCUGCAUUAACAGUCAGUCACAUUGAGAACUAUGGUUUUCCUUCAGAUCUUUCUCUGUCUCCGCGAGAGACCAUCCAGCUUUAUGACACCAUGGUAAAAGUCUGGCAAAAGUGGCCGAGGGCACAUGAGCUAGAUCCUGAGGAGUUUGUCUCUUUCAAGAAUAAAGUAGUAAUAAAAAAGGCAGAUGUGAGGAAAUACGAACAGGAACUGAAGAAAGAAGUAAGGAAAUGGAUUGUGCAUGGCCAAAGACAGAAGGUGAAUGAGCUACUGGAGCACCUUAAGCCGAAACCUGUGGAUUGCUCAGAACAGGAAAAGUGGAAGCAUUUUGUACGCUUUGUUGAUAAAUUACAUGAGAUGGAUAAGUUGCCUGCCAUAUUUUUUAUAUUUAAUGUGACUUCAGUGGAAGAUGCAGCUAAGAAUGUAUUCCUCAAUUUGCUGAAAAAACAAAAAAACAAACAAGACCCCAAUACUGAGAGGGAAAAAGAACGUUUAAGGGGUGAACUUAGUAAAGUGAAAAAAAUGCUGAUGAAGUUCAACCCUCA